GAGGGAAGAAGAGCGAAGCCCGGGGCUGUGGGAGUGGGUGGGCUGCAGCCCCCUCCCCCCAGCUCUAGCAGCGGCUGGGGGAGGGGAAGGGGGCAGGAGAGCGUGUCCUGGGAGGGGUGAUGAGGGCACAUCCCCCCCACCUGGAGUGAAAGGCUCUGGGGAGCGGAGCAGGUGGAGUCAGACACCCGCUGGCCGACUAGUGCAGCUCUGAUGGCACGCACGGGUUGCAGAGUGUCAAGCUGAUCAGCAUUCAAGUGGCGAUGAGUGAGCAAAGUGAAGUGAGAGAGGCGCGUGCAACUGGCAGUGGAAGCUGAGGAUGGUGCAUGGGGAAAGAGAGAGAGAGGGAGAGAGAUGGGAAGAAGCUGUUUGUGUUGCCUUGGGAUUUUUCCACUUUGAAACCUACCAGGACCAGUUGCUACGAAGCAUGAAGCAGGCGGUGAUGGUUGUGAUGAUGAGGAAAGGCUGUUUCUAAAUGACUGGGCUGCAGCUCCCUCAGAAUACAAGCAACAAAUGGCAGCGGGCUGUGGCCGGGCUGCAGCAGCAGCAGCAGCUGCAACUCCCAGGUAUAUUUUUAAGAAGAAUACUGACCAUGAGGAAGUCCACCUAUUAGUCCAUUUUUGCUAAUUCUGCUGAAGAAAAUGAAGCUACACUUUGGCUGUACAGAAUCUUUUACCACCACUGUUGGGUAAAUGAGAAAUGGUCGUGUGAUUAUGCUGACAUCCCAGCAUGCAUUUGGUAGACCUGUGGUUAACUCGUUCCCUCUCCAUGUGUCUGCUCUUACAAAGUUUUGUCCUCAUGAUACUGUGCUUUCAUUCUGCCAGUAUGUGCCCAAAAGGCUGCCUUUGUUCUCAUUCUGGAGGUUUAAAUGUCAGUUGUAGCAAUGCAAAUCUCAAGGAAAUACCCAGAGAUCUUCCUCCUGAAACAGUCUUACUUUAUUUGGACUCCAAUCAGAUAACAUCCAUCCCAAAUGAAAUUUUUAAGGACUUGCAUCAACUGAGAGUCCUCAAUUUAUCCAAAAAUGGUAUUGAAUUUAUAGAUGAACAUGCCUUUAAAGGAGUGGCAGAAACCUUGCAGACUUUGGACUUGUCUGACAACCGGAUUCAAAGUGUGCACAAAAAUGCUUUCAAUAACUUAAAAGCCAGAGCCAGAAUUGCAAACAAUCCUUGGCACUGUGACUGUACGCUGCAGCAGGUCCUGAGGAGCAUGGCGUCCAACCAUGAAACAGCCAACAACGUCAUCUGCAAGACUUCUGUGUUAGAUGAACAUGCUGGGAGACCAUUCCUCAAUGCUGCCAAUGAUGCAGAUCUUUGUAACCUUCCCAAAAAGACUACUGAUUAUGCCAUGCUAGUCACCAUGUUUGGCUGGUUCACCAUGGUGAUAUCCUAUGUAGUUUAUUAUGUGCGGCAAAAUCAAGAGGAUGCAAGAAGGCACCUUGAGUACUUAAAAUCCCUGCCAAGCAGGCAAAAGAAACCAGAAGAAGCUGAUGACAUUAGCACUGUGGUAUAGUAUCCUGAAUACAACAGACUUUGAGAUGGCAAUUAGAUUUGGACGGCACUAAAACCAGAGGUUUACUUCUAACAUUCAUUGUAAACAUUUAAGACUUUUUUUUUCCAGUUUAACUGAAUUAUGCCACUGUUGAUCUUUCUAACAAAGGUUUUUGUUUGGGUGAUAUAUGUUAAUUGUUUCUCUGGUGGUAUUCUAAAGCAAGUAAACUAAUAUGUAAACAUUAGUUAGACCCAUUUAAUAACAAAAUUUAUUUUUUUAAUUUAAAACCGAAUAAAAGCUUAACUUUGAACCAUG